UUGCAAAAAGAAGAAACUUUCUUUAGUUUAUUCUUUAUAAUCUAAUGAUGUUGUGUUAGCCAUUUCCUCAUAUUUCUCUUCUAUUUCCCCUCUUCUUUUGCCAUCUCUAUUUUCUCUCUCUCCAUUUCACAUUUACCCCUUUUUUUUUUUUCUUUUUCAAAAUUCCAUAAUCAGCUGACACCCACCUUUUAUUUCUCUCUCUAUCUCCAAAAAAAAAAAAAAACUUGAAAAAUAAGUGGAUCUUGCUGCUACCCAUUUCUUUUCUCACCGACCCCCUUAUCAGGGUUUCAAAAGUUGGACAUUUUGGGAUUCACAUUUUAGCUUCUGGUGUCUGGAUUUUAGGUGAUGAAUUUGAAGGUUCAUAUUUGCAUGAUCCAUAUUUAGGGUUUGGAUUUUCAUUUUGGGUAAUAUUGAGGUGGUUUGAGGACUGGGUGUUCAAUUAGUUUGAAUACUAUUUACUGCUUUGAAGGUGCUCCACUUACUCCAAAGAGUCCUUGUGGCAACUUCACCAGCUUUCUUCAUUCAGGAUAUGAGUAUGACAAGUGAAAGCGAUGACAGGAUGACAUCAAAUGUUGGUGUGGAUUCGCCAUCUGUUGAAGAAGCCUGUGGUGGAGGAAAUACCGGAGGAGGUCUACCACUAAAAAAAGGCCCCUGGACUUCUGCAGAAGAUGCAAUUUUAGUGGAUUACGUCACGAAACACGGUGAGGGGAACUGGAAUGCCGUCCAGAAGCACUCAGGACUUGCUCGAUGUGGUAAAAGUUGCCGUUUGCGGUGGGCCAAUCACCUGAGACCAGAUUUAAAGAAAGGCGCUUUCACUCCCGAGGAAGAGCGCCGCAUAAUUGAACUGCAUGCUAAGAUGGGAAAUAAAUGGGCACGAAUGGCUGCUGAUUUGCCUGGGCGCACAGAUAAUGAGAUAAAGAACUACUGGAAUACCAGAAUAAAGAGACGACAGCGUGCAGGCUUGCCAGUUUACCCUCCAGAUAUUUGUUUUCAGGCGAUUAGUGAAAACAAGCAAAACGAGGAGUUGGGUGCAUUCUCCUCUACAGAUGCACAAUAUCCUGAUUUCUUACCAAUGAACAAUUAUGAGAUUCCAGCAGUUGAGUUCAAAAAUUUGGAAUUCAAUCAGCAGUUGUGUCCACCACCACUUCUUGAUAUUCCCUCCGGUAGCUUACUUGAUAUUCCUGCGAGAAGCCUGUUGGCACAGGGUCUUAAUUCUGCCUAUUAUAGUCGGUCAUUCCUCUCAACGGUGCAUCCAACCAAGCGUAUGCGAGGCUCCGAGUCCGUGUUCUCUGGUUUGAAUGAUGAUUCUUCUCCAUUAAAAAAUAAUGAUUCUUUCCCAAGCUGCCAUCAAUAUCAGAAUGAUGGUUCUUUGCUUGCUCAGUCCUUGGGGUUUUCAUCUUCAUAUUAUCGAAAUCUAACAUCUGAUCAUCACCCGACAUCCUUGGGUGUAAUUCCUGGCAGCCAUGCCCAUUUAAAUGGCAACUCCUCUUCUUCAGAGCCCUCACGGGCAAAGAAGCUCGAGCUCCCUUCACUCCAAAGUCAGAUGGCAAGUUGGGGCUUAUCUUCUUCCCCUCUUCCUUCACUCGAGUCCGUUGAUACUUUGAUUCAGUCCCCUCCAACUGACCAGACUGAGUCCUGCAAUCUGUCACCUAGGAACAGCGGUCUGUUGGACGCUGUACUUUAUGAAGCACAAACUAUGAGAGCUUCAAAGAAUAACUUGCAGCAGGAGAGUUCUGAUGAUGUGGUGGAUAAUUCAUGUCCAGAUCUCCAUGAGACUGGGUGGGAAACAUAUGGUGAUCCAAUCUCUCCUUUAGGUCAUUCUGCUGCAUCUGUGUUUAGUGAAUACACCCCUACUAGUGGAAGCUCAUCAGAGGAGCCCCAGUUAUUGACAAUGCCAGGUUGCAAGGUUAAGCAGGAGAAGUUUGAUUUCGGGCCCUAUGAUGGGAAGGAAGACGCCUCAAACCCAAUCUUUUCCAGGCCAGACUAUUUGCUUGACUCCAAUUGUUUCAGUCCUAUGCAGAACUAUGUGAGAACCAUUUGGCGCUGAAAGUUGGCUACGGUCCUUUUGAUGAUUAUAUUGGUAGUCAAACCAUCAGAUCAAGUUUGUGGACAUGGCUCUUGCACAGGGGAUGCCAUGUCUACCAUCUAGUCAAUAAGCUCAGCAAGAUUAUGGUACUUUUACGCUUUGCCAUACAAACUUUGAUUGUCUCAGCUGUUAAACAACAAUAGAAGACAAUAUAAUAUUUUUCGAUAAACUGAAAAUGACUUCUGCAUGUUAGAUUGUCUUGAGUUGUGAGAGUCUUUGAUGCAAUGCAUCUCCUUUGUAGUAUUGCUGAUUGCAGUAUUGCUUUUCUCUUAGUAUUUUAUUUUAUUAAUUGGAGAGAACUUCUAGUUUAACGGUAA